AUGUGGGGAAAGGCUGGUGUCGUUGAAAAUGCUCAGAAAAUUUUUCAAUCAAUUGAGAGUCCUGAUGUUAUUACAUAUAGUUCAAUGAUUAAUGCCUAUGGACUUAAUCGAAUGGGUUUAGAAGCUGUUGAUUUAUAUCGAAAAAUGCCUCAUCAUUUACGUAAUGAAGUGACAUAUGUAUGUGUAUUAAAUGCAUGUUCUCAUUCUGGCCUUCUUAAUGAAGCUCAUUCCAUCUUCAAUGAAAUUCCUCAGAAAAAUAAACAAGUUAUUGCUACGAUGGUUGAUUGUUUAAGUCGUCUUUAUAUAUUUGAUGAAGCACAAAAACUCAUAGAUGAUUAUGAAAAAUCUAAUCCACCUUCUUCAGUUAUGUAUAUGGCAAUAUUAUCUGGAGCACGUAAUUCUCAUCAACACAUUUUAUCAAAAAAAAUCUAUGAUCGAAUGAAUAUAUUAUUUCCUGAUGAAAAAGAGACACUCAAAUCUGGUUCAAUUCUUGUUGGUAAUACAUAUUCAUCAGUAGGUGAUUAUCAAGAAGCAGUGAAUAUUCGAUCAAAACGCAUUCGAGAGUUAGGAACAAAAGUUAAACCAGGAGUCUCAUGGACAGAAUUCAAUGGUGAAAUAUUGGAGUUCAAAGUCAAUGAUCGUCGUCAUCCUCAAUCUGAAGAAAUUCAUGCUAAAGCAAAAUAUAUAUCCGAUGUAUUGAUUAAAUAUGGUUAUAAUUAUGAUUCUAGUUGGAUAACUCGUCCAUUACGUGAUGAUGAAACAAUCGAGUCAGUUUUAUGUACUCAUAGCGAACAACUUGCAAUUGCUUAUCAUUUUGUUCAACAAGAAAACCCCAAAUUUAUUCAGAUCACGAAGAAUCUUCUAACUUAUGCAUUUACUCUUUUAGACGGAGUGACAAAACUUAUUGCCAAAAUUUGGCAAUGUAAAAUAAUAGUACGUGAUGCAAAUGGUAUACAUCACUUCUCUCCCGAUGGGACAUGCUCAUGUCGCGACCAUUUUUAG